UUGCCAAAAGUAAUUUCAAGCCUUCGCCCAGCAAAACAGUUCUUUCUAAUGUGGAACCGCUAAUUAAACCAGUCUGGCUUAUACUUAAGUCUUGGCUGAAAGCUUGAUGGCGGAAGUGGGAGAAGUAUUGAGAAUGACAGACUUGACAUGAGGAUUGGCCUCGCGAGCCACCCCGCUAGUACUGCUUGCAAAGGAUUCCUGUUCUCGCUGUACCGGCAACCCCGCGUCUCGCUACCCUCUUUGCGCUCCCCCCGUCACUCGCGUCUGGCGACCUACGGAUCCGGCCGCAACGUUCCCCUUAAUCCACACCGCACCAGAACAAUAAGGACGCUCGCCGACGUACGACCUUUCGAUACGACCGCGUCUCGAAUCCCGCUGUCGCUAGAAGCUUCUGGGGGGAGUACUGCACAGCGAGCCAUGGCGAAUGAUGGGUCGGGUUUACUUGGGUUAAGUUCACCUGGGUCGGGUUUGCCGGAUAGAGACACGGCGAUUCUGUGGUUCCGAAAGGGGCUGCGACUCCACGACAAUCCUGCUCUGCUCGCCGCUUGCGGACUCGACGAAAACGGAAACGAAGUGGAUGACGAAAGUAACAAGCCGGGACGUAGUUCACGAAGGCACCGCACAGGUUUCACGAAGGCGAGCGAAAUCCUACCCUCCGAUAGCGCUGAAAACGACCCUGCUGCUACUAAUACUGCUGUUAACUACAACACCGCCUUUUCCAAAGCCGAGCCUAUCAGCGAUAGCAGCAAAAAUCUUUAUAUUGCCGCUCGAGAUUCCACUGCCACGUCAGCGAUCCGUCAGCUCUGUCCCGUGUUCGUCCUAGACCCCUGGUUUCUGGCUCCCGACCCCUCCGCUCCGUCUCCUGGGUCCACCCGCGUGGGAAUCAACCGAAUCCGGUUCUUGCUGGACUGCCUUAAAGACCUAAACAGCCAGCUCAAGGCCCGGGGUUCUCGGCUCAUACUCGUUAAAGGCGACCCCACUGUAGUGAUUCCCAAGCUCGUGAAGCAGUGCGGAGCCAAGCGGCUGUGCUUUGAGUUUGACACGGAACCGUAUGCGCUGGCACGGGAUGGGAAGAUCAAGGCGGUCAUGCAAGAGGCAGGGGUGGAGGUUGUUACUCCUGUCAGCCAUACUGUAUUCGACCCUGCUGAAGUCAUCCGCAUGAACGGAGGCAAGCCUCCCCUCACAUACCAAGCUUUCUGCAAGCGAGUAGGACAACCCUCGCCGCCCGUCGGACCCGCUCCAGACAAACUACCGCCCCUUCCUCCAGACCUCGUGGGCUGGGGGACCCUACCAGGGGGGAGAAUAAAAGCAGAAACGGAAGAAGCAGCAGGGGAUGCACGGAAUUGUGAUCAUAUCGAGGUCUUUGAAGUGCCUGCUUUGAGCGACCUUGGGUAUUCGGAUGCCGAGGCUUCCCCAGAGGAGGACGUCACUCCUUUCCGAGGGGGGGAGACAGAGGCUCUAUGCCGGCUUGACGACUGCCUCUCACGGACGAAAUGGGUGAAGGAGUUUGAGAAGCCCAAGGGUGAUCCUUCCGCCCUCACUCCUCCUGCCACCACUGUGCUCUCUCCUUACCUCAAGUUUGGCUGCCUAUCCUCUCGCCUCAUGUAUGCGCGCAUACAAGAAGUGCUUGCUCGAGUGCCCGGCCACACCAAACCUCCAGUGUCCCUGUUAGGGCAGCUGCUGUGGCGGGAGUUCUUCUACACGGCUUCGUUCGGCACGCCUAACUUUGACAGGAUGCAGGGCAGCGCCAUCUGCAGGCAGAUCCCCUGGAAGGAAGAUUCUGAGUUGCUUGCUGCUUGGAGAGAUGCCAGGACAGGCUUUCCGUGGAUCGACGCCAUCAUGGUCCAGUUGCAGCAGUGGGGCUGGAUGCAUCAUCUGGCACGUCACUGCGUGGCAUGCUUCCUCACUCGAGGUGACCUGCUGGUGCACUGGGAGUUGGGCCGGGACGUGUUUGACCGGCUGCUGAUCGACUCUGACUGGGCCAUCAACAACGGCAACUGGCUCUGGCUCUCCGCCUCUGCCUUCUUCUCUCAGUACCACCGCAUCUACUCGCCCAUCACCUUCGGCAAGAAAUAUGACCCCUCGGGGAAGUUCGUUCGGCACUUCCUACCUGUGCUCAAAGAUAUGCCAGCGCAGUACAUCUAUGAGCCCUGGACAGCACCACUGGCCGUGCAACGCAGGGCCAAGUGCAUCCUUGGAAAGGACUACCCUCUUCCAAUUGUGGACCAUGCAGAGGCCAGUAAGCGGUGUCGCGACGUCAUGGGUACAGCCUAUGCUGCGAAUCGCUUGGCUGCCAAUGCGGGUGCAGUUGGAAAUCGCUCAGCUACUGCUACCUCUACUGCAUCAAGGGGGUCUGUAUCAACCGCCCCUGGACGAGUGGGUGGUCACAGAGCUGUCCCGGAGAUGGCGGCGAUCGAGGGGGAUAGGCCCACAAAUCGGACGAGAAGGGCAGGUUCCACUGGAGAGGGGGAAAGAGGCGAAGGAAAGCUAGGUGUGACAAAGAAGAAACAAAAGAUGAUAGAUGAUAUUUUUCAUGGUAAAAAAGCACACAAGGAUGAUUGAUUGCGUUUCUUGUUUAUACAUCUUAUGGAAAUGUGUAAUAGCGGAGCCUGGAGAUCGGUGCACACGCGGCAUUUGCAGGAUAGG